GGAGCGUCAAUAAGAGACGUUUACGCAUGCGCGCACACCUUUGACGAAGUCUCACCUGUCCGGAUCUAGUAUAUAAAGUCAACGGUCCGGUUGGUUUCUGACCUCGCCGUCCAGCUCUGUUUGGGUCCUGACACAAGAACCACAUCCUCCGUCUGCUCCAGCUGUGAUGGGGGCCGGCAGAAGGCAGCAAAGCCCGCCUCCUCACCUUCCAUUGGGCUGUGGCAGCUCUACGAGCCAGCGUGGGCGGGGGUGGCGGGGGUGGAGGGAGCACAGCGCUGCGUUUCCCAGCUCCACAAACGGCUGAGCGCAGCUUGACUCGCCGGCCGCUCACAAGGAACGCUCCGCUUCGGUGUCACAGUCAGAGUCAAGCUACGGCAGCGGGAAGUCCCGGGAAGCCUCCAGGGGAUUUGGCAUGCCUCAGACGGGGCCGGAGAGCGCAGAAGCGGACUGACACUCCGCGGCUCCGCGUCGUUUCGCUCCCAUUCGGACACGUUUCUCGGGAGCGUCUCGAUCCACCUGCUCCGCGCGCGUCGUCAACAAGGAGCCCAUGGAGGUGAUGUCGCGAUGCUGUGCACAAGGAGAACUAAAACUUUGGUGUCGACAUGCGUGAUCCUGAGCGGCAUGACCAACAUCGUGUGUCUCCUGUACGUCGGCUGGAUCACCAACUAUGUGGCCAACAGCCACGGUCCGAAAGUUGCGGAGAGCGGCGGCGGCGGCGGCGAGGCGGACAGAAAGUUGGAGGAGGACAGUAAAGGUGAAACCCUGAGGAUUAUCGAGCGGCUGGACAGGCUGGAGAGCGUGGUCAACGAGCACAUCAAAGACGUCCCUCAGAAGGACGGCGAGGAUGCGGCGUCUUCCUCGGACUCCGCCUCGGACCCCGCCUCCUCGCUGUUCAACCGCUGGGGUCACGACCUCGGCCCCGAGAGUCGAAGGGUCGCCCUCAGGAAGUUCCGUUACUACGGCUACAACGGUUACCUUAGCGACCGCAUCUCCCUCACACGGCCCAUUCCAGAUUUACGGCCGGACGGAUGCAGAAACAUGUCGUAUUCGUCAGACCUUCCUCAGCUCAGCAUCAUCUUCAUCUUCGUCAACGAGGCCUUGUCCGUGCUGCUGCGCUCCGUCCACACGGCCAUCCAGAGGACGCCGCCCCACCUUCUCAAGGAGAUCAUACUGGUGGACGACCACAGCACCAGCGUGGAGCUGAAGGAGCACCUGCAGAGCUUCGUGGAGGAGACCAACGCCCAGCACGGGCCUCGGUUCAUCAAGGUGGUCCGCCACGACAAGCAGGAGGGACUGAUCCGGUCCCGGGUCAGCGGGUGGAGGGCGGCGUCUGCUCCGGUGGUCGCCCUGUUUGACGCACAUGUGGAGUUCAACACAGGAUGGGCGGAACCUAUUCUGCAGCGAAUCAAGGAGGAUAGGACCCGCGUGGUGUCUCCCUCUUUUGACAACAUCAAGUACGACACCUUCGAGAUCGAGGAGUACCCUCUGUCUGCUCAGGGCUUCGACUGGGAGCUGUGGUGCCGAUACCUCAACCCACCAAAGUCCUGGUGGACGCAGCGCAACCAUACGGCUCCCAUCAGGAGUCCUGCUCUGAUUGGAUGCUUCGUGGUCGACAGGAAAUACUUCGAGGAGAUCGGCCUGCUCGAUGAGGGCAUGGAGAUUUAUGGCGGGGAGAACGUUGAGCUUGGCGUCAGGGUGUGGCAGUGUGGCGGCAGCGUGGAGGUCCUGCCCUGCUCUCGGAUCGCCCACAUUGAGCGCGCCCACAAACCCUACACGGAGAACCUGACGGCCCACGUGCGUCGCAAUGCCCUGAGGGUGGCUGAGGUCUGGAUGGACCAGUACAAGAGUCACGUGUACAUGGCCUGGAACGUUCCACUGCAGAACCCGGGGAUAGACAUCGGAGACAUCUCUGAGAGAAAGGCCCUGCGCUCCAGACUCCAGUGUCGUCCGUUCAGUUGGUUCCUGUCCAACAUCUACCCUGAGCUGCGGUCCUACAGCGACACAGUUGCCUAUGGAGUGCUGAAGAACAGUCUGAGAGAAGACCUGUGUCUGGACCAGGGACCCGACACAGACAACGUCCCCAUCAUGUACCUCUGUCAUGGUAUGACGCCUCAGCAGAACGUGUACUUCACCAGUUCCCAGCAGCUUCACCUGGGAGUGCUGAGUCCGACCAUCGACGACGACGACAACAAGUGUCUGGUGGACGUGAACAGCAGACCCAGGCUGCUGGAGUGUAGCUACGCAGCUACCAAGCACAUGAAGCUCACCUGGACGUUCUCUCAGGGCGGAUCCAUCCAGAACAUUGAGUCUCAGCGUUGCCUGGAGCUGGUGGAGAGCCGACAGUCAGAGUUCAGUUUCCAGCUGGCCAUCCAGGACUGCACCGGUCAGAAAUGGACCAUCACUAACAUACUGACUGUCCUGCCACAGUGAACCCGGUGACAUCUCUCAGUAACUUGAGCGGCUUUGUCGUUGCGAGGGGGACUUCGAACUGAUCAAACCAAAAGGGCCCAGAUCUGGGAUGGACCAUCAUGUUCCUCCAGUUUCACUCCUGUUAGACGUUGACUAGCGUGCUGAUCAAAGCAGCAAACUGAGUAUCCAAAGUUUCGAUACUGGACUCAUUUUUAACAAGGUUCUGCACAGGAAACGAUGUGCUUCAAUCAGACAUGGACCAUCAGGAACCUACCAACCAUUUUAUAACCGACGACCUGAGAGAAGAGACACUCACAGACGGAGCAGGGCUCUUAAAACCUCCCACUCUGCAACUGAAAUGAGAAAUAUAGCAGCCUGUUCCAGGGGAUGGGCUCGUGAAAUCGUGUAAGCAGUCUGGUAAUUGCAGGAGCAAGGCUGUGACGCAUUUUUAUUUUAAAAUGGGCCCUGAACACCUUCACUCUCAUCACUCUGCCGCCAUAAAACUACGGCCGCAGUGUGUUUGUGUGCAGACGGACAGGACACAUUCCAGACAAAGCUCAAGACAUGUUUCAAAGCGAAGCGGGCGAUUUGUUCCCCCAGAUUAUAUAAGACAGGAUCGACUCAGAGCGCAGGCAGGACAGAAAGAAUAACCACCAAGUGAUUCAAACUGGCAUCCCGAUGGAAACUCUUAUCCCUCAGAAGUUACCGAGCGCGCUCGGGAAUUAAUUGGAUCAGAAGCGGAGUCGUCGAUCGCGCUGGCAGGAGAGAGGGGCAUUUGCCGGAGAUUCAUCCCAGAAAAGAAGCUUUCAGACUUCCUGCAAUCUCUUGUAACACCUCGGGCGAAAGAGUGAAAGUGAUGUGGCAACAGUUGGUGCUGGAGAAGAUGAAGCACACCUCAAAGAUUGGUCUGAUUUCAAGGAAAGCACAUCAGACCUCCAGCAGCAGCAGCCAGGAUUUCAAAAGUACUCCCAGACAAACUCCUUCUGCAUAAGAAGCUGUGGACUAGCCUCCAACCAAACUCUGUAAAAUGUUCAGGUUAUUUACAGAGCAGCAUUUCAGAUUUUAAGUGUUCAGUUAUAUUUAUCUGACAGGUUUUAGUUUCACCCAGCUCCUUCAUCUAUCUUGUUGCUUUUAUUUUGUGGUUUCAGCUCGAAAGAACAAUUGAUCAGUCGGCAUAGGCAGAUCAGCAGAGACCUUGAGUUCUCAAAGAGACGAGCGAUGCGACCGAAAGCCUCACCUGUCUUACCAUGGAAGGCACGAUCAAAUCGGUUUAACGUAGUACGUAGAUGUUAACUCCCACACAGCCCUGAGAUGAGGUCUAAUCGAGCAGAAUAAUUGAAAAUGCCUGCGUGGGUGUGAGUUGAAUGUGCACAGGAGCUGAAAUAUUCACCAUUCCAGGGUCGUCCUCUUUCAAAGAUAUUCUUUUUGAAUUUCAGAAAUGAAAAGAUUUGAACAGCGCUGCUUUCCUUCAACACGAGCCCGAACAUGCUCUUCAUCACUUCAUGUCAGUUGCUCUGAUUACCUGCCCUCAGUAUGAUGGACAGGCUCAAGUCCUAUGGCUUUUAAUUUCCAUUCGAUUUUAAGUGGUUUGCACAGCACCUUGGAGCUGCGGCUUACUUGUGGCACUUAGAUCUCGCGCAGAACUAUAAAUCUGGCUUAAAGUGAUGGUGAUGAGGAAACAAAAUCCCCUUUAACAGAAAGAAACACUGAGCAGAACCCAGCUCCCAUACAAUAAGAUAUUACUUCUCACCAGUGUUUGUCAAAUAUUUGUCAACGAAAAUUUCUUUUCUACUGAAGAGCUAAAACUAAUAUCUGAUCAAUGCAUUUUCCACGUUCAACGACUUCCAACCUUAUUCAAAACAACACUUAACAUGAUUGUUAUGACGGCACUGCUAUAGAAACCAUCAACAUCAUAUAUACACAAAAAAGGACGUUGUAUCGUAGAUCUCAUACAGUGAGAUGAAUACCAUUACUAAAGCAAGAAGCUCACAGAACAAUUCAAAAAAAAAACUCACCCAGCAAAAGCAAGGAUGGACAAUCGAUGUCGACCCAAAAUUGGUAAAAAAAAAAAAAAAAUAUGCCCAAAAGAUGCAAAUACAAUUAAUUUACUCACCAGAACUUAAGAAACAAUUUAGAGUUCUCAUAGCUCUCAUAGUUGCUGACCUGAAAAUGGAGUCAGGCUAGCUAACUCUGGGGCUGGAAGGCCUUUCCACACAAUAUCCAGCUUUUCCUUCAAAGUCUGCUGUGAAAAUGUCUUUUUAAGAAGGUUUGCAACCAAAGUGAUAGCCUCUCCUGAUCCACCAUGGGUUCAACAGAUACCUACCAAAACGUUAAUGAGGACGAUUUGCUUGUGCAGCUGAACAUGAAUCGCUAGCUUGGCUUCAACGGGGCGGUUCUCUGACCGUCCAAUCAGAGGAUGUGAAAACGAUGACGCUACCGUACGCCACAGAGGAGAAGAAGAAGAAGAAGAGAAGAAUAUGAACUUGAAAUGUGAUUGGAGUUAACACAUUAAACGAAAAAGCAUAGGCUAUUGGGAGUAAUUUAAUAAGAUUAAUUUGAAAAUGCUAAAAUGUAAGUCAGUGAUAAAGUUUAGGACUGUAGAGAAGGCUUUGAAGGUCUGGUUAAUUUUUGUUUCUACUUCCUGCUUCACUUUUAACAAUGACAACCGAAACUUUCACCAAAAAUUUUGUGAAACACGAGUCGCACAAAUAUGUGUAUCUCCGAACCUCAUCAGUUUCCUCGAUGUGUUCUGUCUUUAUUGAUACAAAACAAUCAAUUUGAAAAUUGUGGAGAUGGAGAAGCAGCCGGAAAUACGCUACUACCAAGCGAACCAAUCACAGCUCUUGCGGCCUGCGGCACUGCGUCUGUUUGGGGUCUGGACUGUCGCCAUAGCAACGGCAUUAAUUUACCGCAUAGGUCCCCUACAAAAGUUCCCACAUUUUAGAUUAAUUUUCUCUCAGUGCUACAUGAUUCAAACAAUCUGGAUAAAGAGUUUCUGUUCAUCUGGGUUCACCUUUGAGACUUAAUUGGAAACAAGGCUACUAAAGGAAAGUUUGGCCAACGUUUAAUAUAAUCCUGACACUUUGAUGAAUCCUCCAUUCUCUCAUCUCAUGUUCAGGUUCGGCCUGGAUGCGUCCCAUUAGUCCUAUUAGGGGGCGGCCCCUGAAAUGGGACUCAGCUUGACAUAUCCACUGUCUGCCCACGCAGCUCCAACAAGGUCAACAUGGGGCGCCGUGGGAAAUGUAGGACAUCGCCACACGGGGUGAAUCAUAACGAUGAGUAACACAGAAGGAGUGGAUGGAACACAACGGGUGGAUGUUACAUAAUCCAACAGAGAUGGGAAUGAGCAUCUGAGGAGGGAUUUCUAAAGACUGUGUCCUGGAGUCAUUAGAAACACUGUGUGAGUGUGUGUGUAUGUUUAAUUUUAUAAUCGUAUAUAGUUUGCUGUGAUUUACAUAUUUUCAUGCAGGUAAUAAUUCAACACAGGAAAACUUUUUCCCACAUCAGCAGCUAAGUGUUGCUGGCAGAGAAUUGCGCCAACAAAAAAAGAAUAUCCCUUCUUCUUCUUCUUCCUCCUCCUUUAUUUUUCUUGUUUUGUCAUAAUUUGGAACCCAAAUUACUAAUAAUUUCUCUGCAUGUUUAAUUCUUAAUUUGUCUGCGCUUAAAAUGUCCCACUGCCUGUACAGAAAUAUGUCUGUAUUAAGUGUGCAGACCCACGCUUCAUGUGUGGGUAAAUGUAGCUUUUUGCUGAUCGGACGUUCUCCUUAACUGCUGCUAAAUUAUUUACUCUACAAUUACAGUCCGUUUUGAUUAAACUGGUUUCGCCGUCAAUCUCCAGCGUGUCCCAACAUCCUGUCCUGUCUCAACGAUUCAGGACAAAAGCAGGACGAACGUGUCAGUGUGCUCACAGGUUUAUUCAUUUGCAGUCGGCGCUCACUUGUGGACGACUGGAGCUGCGCGUCUUCUAUCAGCUACUGUGUAGCAUCGGUUUCCAGACCUUGUGUCGACCUUCUGUUCUUUAUUUAUGUAUUUUAUUUAUUUUGUGGCUCAGGUUUGCAGAUCCUGAAUUUUUUAAAAGUAUCUCAAUUUUUGGGAAGCUGUUACUUUAUCAACUCAUGACAAUGUCCAAGCUAUUUUAUUAGUGUAUUUAAAACCAGAUAUUUAUACUGUAAGUACCAAUAGUAAAAAAAAAAAAAAAAGAAUAAAACCCACCCUCUCUGUGUGACUUGUUUUUAUUUUAAUGAUGAAUAUUCAGUCAGUGGGAAGUGUAAAUGCCUUCGUGACAUUUUACAAAGUAGUUCUCACAAUGUUUCUAAAAAUAUUCUAGAGCUUCACUGGAAACUGAAUAUAAGCAAAUACAUUUUUAAAUGCAAAAACUGCUGUGCAUCAUCCCCCUCUUAACCUCUUCCCCACAGCACUGAUUAUGUACACCAAUCAGCCACAACAUUAAAACCACCGACAGGAGCAUCUUGUGACAAAUUACUGUCUGGGAAACUUUUGGACCUUGAGAUGUUACUAAGACAUGUGAUGUACCCCCCAUCUAGACCAGACCAGGCACGCCCAGCCCAUAGCAGUGACACUCCUUAAAGGCAGCAGGAACACGCACAAACGUUUUACAACUCCAAAAAAAACGUGAAGAACAUCACAAUGUGUUGACCUGGCCUCAAAAUUCAGAGACCCCUCCCCUCAACCCACAGGAACCAAAGACACCCACUAACAUCAUUCUGUUUCCAGACUCCCUCAGAAGGCCCAUGUCCAUGAGUCACAACUGUUUUGGUGGCCUACGCAAUAUUAGGAAGGUGGUCAUAAUGUUAUGCCUGAUCGGUGUGUACUGCAAAAAUCUCAAAAUGAGGAAAAGUCGUCUCAAGGUCUCAAGCCUCUGCAGGUAUCACUCAAAUAAGAUGCAGGAGAAUAUUCCACAUUUCAUCCAACCAGCAUCGAGUCUAAAACGGUUGAAGCUUCAUUCAUCUCGCGCCGCUCUGAGGUGUCUGCGCGCGUCUGCUAAAUUUUAGAUCAGCUUUAAACAGACGCGGGUCUCUGAGCGGGAGCUCGGGCCUCAUCCCCGAGCGUCUCCGCUGAACUCUCGAGUCUGCCGUCAUGAAACAUGCAUGAGAUGAACUCUGAGCUCCGCUGACAUAAAUCUUCGUAACGCUGCUGUUUACUCUCCCACUGUCUCAUAAAAGCAUUCAUUUGCAUGCACGCGUUGCCGGCACGCGCGCAUUUCACGAUUCAUGCCGCUAUUUUAAAAACCGGGAAACGGAGGGAAAAAAGAAGCGGAUGCUGCGUGCGAUUCAUUGCUUCCGAGGUGCUCAGGGGCGAGACAUUUUAUGUAAUGGAUUUACAGUAAUCUCAUUAUGCUUUACGUGUUCCAUCAUGUUGCAGGUUUAAAUGAACGUCUCCAUAUAGAUGCAGAUUAUGAGCAGCAAAAACAACCUUAUGAUGUUCAUUUACUUGUCAGAUUGACAUUUCUAGGAGUAUUAAAGCUUUUUGUUUCA